UUAUAUUGAUAAAUAUGAUCUAACCAUAUUGACAAAUCAAAUAUAAAGUAAAACUAAAGUGAAAGCAUAUAAUAUGAAGAAAGAUUAUGCUUUUCCUGCAAAACCCGAAUCAAUUAUAUACAUUUUUCUUAAUUAACAAUUUUUAUUAUUUAUAAAGUUGUGUACUUAUAAUCAAUAAAUUGGUGGUUCGAUAUGCUAGUGCACAUUGGAUGGUCUGCUUGUUUUUUCACUUUUUUUCGAGCUACUCCUACAAUUGUAUUUUUUUGUACUAGUUUUCACAUUGUUUUAUCAAUAUAUGAAUUUAAAGUAAUCAUAUUAAACAAAUUUAUUGGAUUUAAAAUUUAUUGAAAUCUAUUAAAUCAUAAAACAAAUCAUUAAUUUAACACAAAUUAGCAGAGGUGAUCUCAAUUGACAAAGUUAGUGAGACUUGAAAGAGGGUUUUAUCUUUUAACACUAAAAAAAUGUAAAUUAAUUCUCCCCAAAAUCACAGUGACGCGAUUCCACUAGUUGAUGACCAAAUCCGCCAUUGUUGUCCGAUCAAUUAGCUUGAUCACCACCGCCGAAUUCCCUUAGGGUUGUGCAAAUGGCAGCCCUAAUCUACCAGAUCUUCUCCUCCACCGCGCUGCUAGCGCAGGGGCUCUACCACCUCAUCUCCGCCUCCCGAAACCACCUCAAAUUCCCCGCAGAUUACGUCGCCAAACCCUACCACCCCCUCCCCUACCCCGCCGCCGUGGCUAAUCACCAUCGCUGGCGGCACCUCCAGCUCCACCUCACCAUACUCUGCCUCCUAAUUGCAAUCGUCCACCACCUCCUCGCCUCCUCCGACGCCGAUCCCCUCGUCAAAGGCCGCACCGCCGUCCACCUCUUCACCUCCCUCCAAUCCGCCUUCCUCCUCUCCGCCUUCCUCCUCCUCGCCGUCGCGCUCCUCCUCCCCUCCCUCCUCCCCCUCCCUCCCGAUCUCUUCUUCGCCGCCGCCGCCGCGCUCUUCCUCCUCCAAUUCUCCCUCCUCUCCUCCUCCGCCGCCGCGCAGACCUCCGAUCUCCAGGCGAAAUGCGACUCCACCGCCGCCGCCGUCGCCGCGCUCGCCUCCGUUUUGUGUCUCGCCCUCGCCUGCCACCCGAAGCUCUUCAUCGCCGACGCCGCCCUCGGCGCCUCCUUCUGCUUGCAGGGGCUGUGGGCGCUGCAGACUGGAUUAUCGCUCUACGUCGACGCAUUCAUUCCCGAGGGCUGCCACAAGCUGCUGGAUGUGGUGAGCGGCGUCGAGGGAUCGACCAAGUGCGAAUUGGAUGACUCGAAGAUGAGAGCCGCCGCGAUUCUCGACCUAGUUUUUGUUCUUCACGUCGUGCUCGUGCUUGUUAUCUUCCUUGUGGUGUACACUGUUGUUGCGAAGACGCUCGGCGUCCGUACGAGAUUCGGAUCGUAUGAAGCGUUGCCGAAUACUUCACUGGAUUCGAAUCACAUCCAAUUGAAAUCUAUGGCCGGCACCCAGGCGUAGUCAAUUUAGGUCAGGCAAGGCCAUGAAACAGAUUGGUGCAUUUCUGAGAGAUGCUUUCGGAGGGGAGCCAGUUUCAUGUAAUGUAUGAUUGAGAGAAGCUCUGUUACACCCCUACCCAAUACAUUUUGUGCAUGUAUAGUUACAAUUUACAUCAUAUUUAGUUGAUGAUUUAUGAUGUUUCUGUUCA